ACCCUGGAAAGCGACAAAGAGGGAGUCCAGCUAACAGCGGAUAGCAAACAACAUAAAAACAAAAACAUGAGUAUUAUAUGUAACUAAAUAUGUUACCGAAAUCGAGUGACAUUGUAUCGUUUAGAAACAGUAAGGGUUAGCUGCGUCUCAGAGGAAUUAUUCGUUAGUUAGCUAGACUGGCUGUAUUUUUCUAAGGAGCUGUUUGGGAAGAUCGCAGCACAGCAAACGCGUCGCCGCUUUGCCCAUACCAAACAGUGUCUAAAAGUUGAUCGGAUAAAACUAAUAAGUCUAAUUUUGGGUUUAAUCGGAGCAGGACCCCACAGUGUGAUUUAUGCUUGGAAGAGAAGUGAAAAUAGAAGUUACUGACUGUCUCUCUAAAAAGAUAGCUAGCCAGCCAGCUAGCUAGCUGAAGUGAACAGUAGAAACGUCAGUGGUGAGCUAGCUAAUGAUAGCUACAGUAGGCAGCCGCAUAGUUGUCAUCUAGCUAGCUGGCUAUAAUGUAUAGUAUAGCAAUCGACCUGGUACGUUUUGGUAAUACAGCUUGCUAGCCAAAUAGAUACCAAAGAAAAGUUUUUUCACGAUAUAUUCGAGCUUCACGGGAAGGUGUUACAUUACUAAACUGAACAUCGGCGUCCAGAUAGCUUGAAGCUGUUGUUCAGUGAGCGGUAACGUAUACGGCAACAACACUGAAUAAUUCACUGGAGUAAAAUGAGCUCUGUAGAGCAGCCUGCCGCCGCCAACAAGACCAGCACCGACGACGAUGGCAUGUCUUGGUGGUACAGAUGGCUUUGCAAGAUCGCCGGUGUCGCUGGUGGAAUCUCCUGUGCCAUCGCGGGAGUGUGGAACUGUGUCACCGUAAACCCCUUGAACAUCGCAGCAGGCGUCUGGAUGAUCUUGAAUGCCUUUGUGCUGUUCCUGUGUGAGGUCCCCUUCUGCUGUCAGUUCAUCGAGUUUGCCAACGCCGUGGCAGCCCGUGCUGACAGACUCAAGCCCUGGCAGAAAGCCUUCUUCUACUGCGGGAUGGCACUCUUUCCCAUCUUCCUAAAGCUAUCUUUCACUACGCUGUUUGGAAAUGCCAUAGCGUUCGCAACAGGAGUGCUGUAUGGCCUGGCAUCCCUGGGGAAGAAGGGGGAUGGUGUGAGCUACGCCCGGCUCCAGCACCAGAAACCAGGGGAUGAGGAGAAACUAACAGGGACGACCGAUGUGGAGGCGCAGUGACCUUGCCCCUGAGACCCAUCCCCCGUCUCCCCACACCCCUCCAGACGCAAUGCACCCAGCCCCAUCUUCUCUCAGCUGCUGAUCCUACAUACUAGUACAUUACACUGAAUAGCUGCUCAUGUUACUUUAUCUUGGAUUUCCGUUACUGAUUUUAUGCGCUAAACUGCACCUUCUGUAUUGCCUGUGGUGGAUCUGUGGGAAGUUGUGUAUCUGGAGAGAAAGUUUUACCAGUCAUGUGUGGUGCUCAUUGGGAAAACAUGCUUUUUUAAAUGAAACUGUGUUUGACAUUGCUAAGCUGUUUGUUGUGUUGUUUUGCUUUGUUUUGAGGUGUUUGAGAAAAGGGCAUUGUAUUCCUCCAACAGAUUCAGUUUCUGUAUUCUUCAGGUUUCCUGUGAUUUUUCUCCAAAGGUGUUGAAAAUGUAAUCGAAAUUACUAUUCUAAAUUCCCUCAUGGUAAGCAUAAAUGGUUUGAGCUUGUUGGUGGAGACAUGUGAAUGAGAGUUUUGGUGGAAUAAUCAGAAAAAAUUCUAUGUAAUAUAUUGUAACCAUGGCUACCUGUUCAGCUAGUGUAAGUACAUUUUAGUUGUCUUUCUUUGGUCUUCAAAAGGCAAUGCAUGUUUGGGUAUGAAUACCCACACUAUAUUAACUACAGCAACAGAAUUGUAAGAGCUUUCUCAGUGCAUGGGUGAAAUGUAGUUCUGAACCAAUGUCUAUUUUGUGAACUUAAGUCUCAUUUGGUACUCAACUCAACGGCCAGUGGUGAAGCAGAAGUUCGCUGGCGGGUUUUUCUUUCUGGUAUAGAAACAAACAAAUGAUAAGAUGUCAGCUCGCUAUGCAACUCCAGAACUCCACCUGGCCAAUUCUUUUGUCUCAUUUUUACAUGCUUAAUUAGGCAUUCUGCGGUGUUUUGUGCUUUAAAUAUCCUUGUUCUCAUGCAGCUUGUUUCGUUAAGGAAUAUUCUUUCCCAGACUUUGAUGAGGCAAGCCUUUUUUUGGUUCUUAAUUCAGGGACUUUGACUUGGUUUUUGUGUCUGUUGUCUUUCGGAAUAAUUCUGGCCACAUUGUCCUUCAGGUUGUUAAAACAUGGGUGAAUGGUGAAUAGAAACAUAACACAGAACUGACUGUUUGCACCUACUGGCUACUGGGUAGAGGCAGACAGUGAAUCUUUUUUUUUUUUUUUAACAUUCCUACUGUCAUGUUGUCUGCACUGUGUACUUUAUACUUCUGUGUACCAGAAGAUGGUAGAGGUGUUUGCAUCACCAUCUUUUACAGCAGAAAGAAUGCAGAAGUGACAGAGUGGCUCCUUAAACAACCGAAUCACCUUCCCGGCUCAGUUCUGUGUCCCCUUGCAAUGAAAUGAUAUUUGUGCACAUUGAUGAUGACAGCCCUUACAGCCACACAAGAUAAUGCACCAGCAUGUGUUCAAAAACAUGAUACACACUACCAAAACGCCAGCAACCAGCAUACCCACAAUCAAUACUACAGCUCAGUUUCCAGAAAUUGUGUUCAUAAUUUGCCAUUACACAGAUAGUUACCAGAGAUAGACAUAUAUUAUGUGAUUUCAUGUGUGACUUCAUACAACUGUGUACAGUGUUUUAGUGUGCAGUUUUUGUGAAGUCGUCUGGAAAAUGCUCUUGUAUCAGUACAUGCUGUGGUACACAUAUUGACAGUAUAGUUCUAAACUGGGGGCAGCAGUAUAGCAUAGUGGUUAAGGAGCAGGAAUUGUUACCAAAAGGCUGCUGGUUCAA